AUGGAGACGAAGCUCACGCAGUCUUUCUGGCGCAAGAAGCGCAUCAUCACGCAGGAAGUUCUCCAGGCCAUUGGAAAAACGACUCCGACAGACGACGGUGUGUACCAGCGAGAGCUGCUCAAGUUUCAAGAUUUCGUCACGCAUGUCCGCGCGACGCUACGGGAGCUCGAGCGCUAUCGCUGCAGCCUCCAGCUCUUCUGCAGUGCGACAACAGCACUCGCCAACGAGGUCGUGUGCCUUGCAACACCGAGCCACCUGGGGCAGGUGCCACCGACGCACCCCGAGGCGUUGGCUACCGCGCUGCGCCAGGUCGCGCCGUCACGCAUCAUGAAGACCCAGUACUACUCUGUGGACGAUACGAUCACGGGCGCUAUCCGGUCGCUGUGCAUCAAGCUUGCUGAGCUCGAGGCGCAGACCAACGACAUUAAGGCCCGCGCGCAGGCCAAGCUCGAGUUUGAUAGCUAUGCGCGCGCCGCCAAGCCAUCGGACAAGCACGACGCGGCGCUCGCGCACCUGGAUGCGUGCACACGGACUGUGUUUCGCAUCUUUGCCAAGUACGAGGCGCUGCGCAAUACCUUUUUGUCCAACGAACUUGAAUUGGUGCGGCAAGCGCUGAGCUCCUUCUUCCUCAAUGGCGCCGACGCCAUCGCGGCGCCGCUGCUUGUGCAGCCCGAUUCCGUUGCUGCCGAAGAAGACAAGGUGUGCUGUCUCUCUCACGUCGUCAACGUGUCAAUCCUUCUAACGAUCUUCUCCGACUUGAUGGCCAAGGGCAGCAUUGUGGCCGAAUUGCCUCGCGAGGUUGCCAGCGACGUCGAGCCCAUGGUCCACGUGGAUUGUGGCCCACGAAAACCCAGCAUGCCAUCGCUACCAGAAUGCCACGCGGUCGUGGCCAAGUACGCGCGGCGCCGGCUGUCGCUGGGUGCCUCGGCGCGCCCGCCAGCACCUGUCGCGCAGCAUGCGCCACCCUCCGUGCUUUUGGCUACUCUGUCGCUGGACGACAGUGACGAAGGCACGCCCCGUCGUGACGGGAGCUGGCGAUGUUUUAACAACCAGAACGACGACGACGACGACGACGGCAAUGGCGAGAUCAUGUCGACUGUACCUCUCCAUGGUACAGAGGGGAGUGCGACUGAGCCGCCGUCAUGCGGUGCACCAGGGUCUCGGCGGGUAUCUUCCAUCUUUGUCCCGUUCGUGGCCAAGCUGGUCCGCGAUCCAAAUUCGAACCAACGGCCAAACUAG